GAAUUAAGGGCCGCAUUCGAUAAGGAGAACCCACGCCUAUCGCUAUCAACAGCAGUGGUGGCCGGCGUUCCCGGCGGUACUGUAGAUCACGCAUACGAUUUCCAGGCGAUGGCCGCUUCCCUGGACUAUAUUGCUGUGAUGACAUAUGACGAGGCGGGCACGUGGGAGCACAAGACUGGACACCACUCCAAGUUCUCGUUCUGCAUAUCCGGCUCUCAAUACUACGUCAACAAAGGUAUACCCAAAGAGAAGGUACUAAUGGGGGUCCCAUUCUAUGGUCACACAUUCAAAUUGGCCGAUAAAAACAAGCACUAUAUCGGCGCUCCCAUUGCCGGUGAGGGCCGUACACCUCAUGGCGAGGGCGACAACGCCUGGUAUCGGGAAAUGUGUGAUUUGGUUAAGAAUAAGGGUUGGGCUAAGGAGGACCCGGAUCAGGGACACGACCCCAUCUCAUACCACGACCUAACGUGGGUGGGCUAUGACGACCCCUACGCCGCCUACGACAAGAGCAAAUGGGUUAAGGACAAUGGUUACGGUGGUAUAAUCGUGUGGGAAAUCACCCAGGAUGAUUUCCAUCCCAAGUGCUGCUCUAAGAGCUACCCUAUGCUGCGAGCCAUCAAUCACGGCUUGUUUGGCACCGGCAGUGGACCCGAAACUUAUGGCUGCGAACGGAAAUAAAUAUC